AUGAACUUCCGGUUUCUUGGUGACCUCCCUUGGGUUAAACCUCAGAUUAACCCAGAUUUAGCAACUCAUUCGGUUCAAACCAAAGCUUUUGCUUCGCAAGCUAAACAAGAAUCAUCUGGUGUUGAUCUCAAGUUGUUAGGUUGGCCCUUGUCAUUCCUUUCUUUCUUUCCAUGGGCAAAUAAUGCUGGAGAGAAGUUUCAAAGACCAACUACUAUCAAUAAAGAGUUGAAGAGACAUGCACAAAAUCGUGAAAAUGUUGUUGGAAAAGAUAUGGACAUUACUGUGGACCAAACUGGGUAUGAUACUCAUGAUCAAGCUAAGCUUCUGAAGGCUGAUUUAGCCUUUCUUGAAUGCCUUGAGAAUCGACAUAUUUUGCGGACUAAAGGAGACCCCAACAUUGCUCAUCUUUACAAGACAAUGUGCAUCAAUGGUCUUAAGAAUUUUUUGAUACCUUACCGAACGAAUCUCGUAAGUCUACAACAGUCUGGACAAUCAUUGAUUCAAUUUGGAUGGCUAAGCAAUUUGAGACGAAGAAAUUGGAACUUUCAGAAGACAUAG